GUUCCCGUCCCUCGCCUCUCUCCCCCCUUCCUUCCCACUCUGUCUUCCCCCUCCCCUCCCCCCUGCGCCUCCGCCUUCACAGCCUGGCAUCAUCUCGCCCAGAAAAAACGAGACACACACCCGCCCAGCACCACCAUGCCGUCAGACUUCCUGGCCCCCCACCAUCUUGAGUUCCUCCAACCGGUGACCACCCUGGAGGGGCACUCAGACGAUAUCAAAUCCCUGGCCGUCCUGCCGGAUGGACGCCUUGUGUCCGGCUCGCGCGACGCCUCGGUGCGCAUCUGGCCCAAGGCCUGCUCGCUCGCCGGCGCCGAGCCCAACAUGACCGACACCACGGAGGAUCCGGUCAUUUUGCGCCACCACACGCGCUUUGUCAAUGCAGUCGCCGUGGUGCCCCCCUCGCAGCAGUUCCCCGAGGGUCUGCUUGCCACGGCCGGCAUUGACAACGAGAUUCUCGUGUACGACGUGGGCCUGCUGCAGCCCGGCGCCAGUGGGGAUGCCUGCUCGCCCACUUGGCGCCUGCGUGGGCACACCUCGAAUGUGUGCUCGCUUUCUGCCGCGGUGUCCGAAUCCGGCGAUCGGGCCUGGCUGGUCUCAACGUCCUGGGAUGAGACUGCCCGGAUUUGGGAUAUGACCACCGGCGUGUCGCUUUUCGUCCUGGGCGAGCCGCAUACCAUGGCCGUGUGGGGGGCGCUCAUCUUCCCCGAGGAGGACACCGUGGUCACCUGCGGCGGCGACCGGAACAUCUACGCCUGGAGUCUGGAGACUGGCCAGGUGAAGUACAGCCUGGAGGGCGUGCAUCAGGACUGCAUCCGCGGCCUUUCCAAGCUGCCGGGUGGCUCGGUGCUCGGCCCGGGCCCGGCCUUUGUAUCGGCCAGCAAUGAUGGCCAGCUGCAUGUGUGGGUCGGCCCGACGUUCAGCCCGACGCCGGUGGUCAGCUCGCCCGUGGGCACCCCUGCGCCGGAAAACCAGCGCCCCUUGUCGCUGAUCUACUCGACGACGGUGCUGCGAGUGACCCCGGACCACAUGGUGCUGGCCUCGUCCGGCGAGGACCGGACCGUGCGGGUGUGGAAGCUUGCCCGCACUGGCGGGGCUCUCUCCCUGCGACAGACGCAGGCCAUUCCGCUGCCGGGGCUGUCGGUGUGGGCGUGCGUCGCGCUGGCCGGACCGCCGGCGGUGACCGGCGAGAAGCCGCUCCUGCUGGCGGCCGCCGGCAGCGACCUCUGUGUGCGGGUGUUCUCCUCCGAGGCGCCGGCUGUCGGGACCUCGAGCCAGGAAAAAUACGAAAGUGCCCUGUCGAUCUCGGCCGUUCCUCGCGGCCUGUACGGCUCGACCGAUGGGGCUGCUGCCUCGGUGGAGCAGCUCCCGUCCGCGACCGGGCCCGACUGCGUGCGCUUUGUGCGCGAUCCCGCGAACCCCGAGAACACGCAUGCCUAUCAGUGGAUCAACCACCAGUCCAAGUGGCUGAACAUCGGUCGAGUGGAUGCGGGUGAGUCCGGAGGGGCCGGUGGCGCUUCAACCAGCAAGGUCCCCUUCGAAGGGCAGCUGUACGACUUCGUCUUCGACGUCGACGCCGAGGACGAUGCCCCGCCCAAGAAGCUCCCCUACAACCUGGGUGACUGCCCGUACAUGGCCGCACAGCGUUUCCUCGACACCCAUCUCCUCCCGCAGUCGUACCUCGAGCAGGUGGUCCAGUUCAUCCUGAACAAUGCCACCGGCGCGCGCGAGGCACUCUCCUCCGAGAGCAGCUCCAAUGCCUACUCCGACCCGUAUACCGGUGCCGGGCGCUAUCGGCCGUCCAUGGAUUCGACUCCCUCGGCGUCCUUCGGCCAUGGGGGGGCCGCCGCCUCGGCCGACCCGCUGACCGGCGCCGGGCGCUAUGUGCCGGAUGCCCCGGGCCCGGCCGCGGCCACGGCCAAGCCGGUCAAGAAGUCCCUGCCGGAGCCGGUUCUCCUGGCCCAGUCGAGUGCCAAGCGCGCCAUCGACACCAUUCGCGCCUGGCAGGCCAGCUCGUCUCCCGAUGAUUCGAUGACGUAUGAGGAGCUGACGCUGAUCGCCUCGCUCGAGGGUCCGCUCGAUAGCAGCACAUCCUUCCAGCUGACGCAGUCGGUCCUGUUCUGCAUCUACAAGGCUCUGCUGCAUGCCCCGCCGGGUGUGGUAUUCGGCGUCCUUGACCUGAUCUCCCUCAUCUCGGCGCGCAACACGCAGCUCCCGGCGGUGUGGCAGUCUUCCGGCAUCCCGGAUGCCCUGGUCGAUGCGCUGGUCACCUGCAGCCUGCUGAACAAGUCGCCGGCGCAUGCGGCCGAGAAUGGCAUCUCCCCGGGCGACCGGAUGCGCUGUGCCAUCAUGGGCUGCCGAGCGCUGGUCAAUGUCCUGGGCACCGCGGACCCGGCCACCGGCACGGCCGUGGCGUCGCAACUGACUUCGGAUCUCUUCUAUGAGUGUAUUUCCCGCCUGCCGGAGCAGGUGGUCGCUACUCCGGCCGGCGCCGGGUCCUUUGCGGCCCUCUGCUUGAACGCUGCCCGCUUUGUCGCAUACAUGCCAUCCAAUGCCAAGCGCGCGGCCCUGGCCGGAAGUCUGGCGGACGCCUGCUUGACCCUGAUCCCAGCCGAUGAGAUUCUCGACACACCGGCCGGCCAGCUGCAGCCCGGCCAGUUGCAGGCCAUCUCCGCCGGGGAGACCGCCCUCCGGGCGAUGGCCGUGCUGACGGGCCUGGCCCCGGGCCCAACUGACCCCGAGGAGGGGGUCUGCGGACUGGGCUGGAUUGAUCGGGUGAGCCAGCUGGCACACCACCAGGCGUCUGCCCCGGGGGUGGAGCUGCCAGGGCGCCAGCGGGUGUCUGCGGCCGCGCGCCAAGUCCUCGUCGCAUCGGAGGGCGCCCUGGCGGGCGGCCAUUAGGCGCGCGAGCCUGCCCCGGCCUCCCCUCCGAUGUGGCUCCCCGUUGGGCUGUGUGCGCCUCCCUCGGGUUCGGCUCGCUCGGCGCAUGCACGCGCGCGUCUUUCCCCGUCUCUUCCUUUCUCCUGUCCCGCUGCCCGACCGGGCCCGUGAGUCCUCUGCUCGUUUGGCCAUGUGCUUGGUCGAUGUAUCAUGUCAGAGUGCAUGUGCACCUGUGGAAGUGGCCCAAACGCGGGUGCUCGGGUCCACUCUCCGCCAUGGUCCCUUUCGCGGGAGGAAGAAUGAACAUUCGCCAGGCCGUCAGGAUUCGACAUGGCGCAGCUAACAAAACACAGGAGACGUGUAUUUUCCCAGUUUCACUGGAAGGGAGAAGCAAAUACACAUACACACACACACACACACACACACGCUCCGCCUCCCCCGAUCGAAAGGGAAGGCUGGUGCUUGCGGGCGGGAGGCGGGCGAGGGAGAGGGGGGGAAAGCUUCUGCACUCUGCUGCGUCCAAGGAGGCACGGGCGGGAUGAGAGGAAGAGGGAAGGGGGGAGAUAGAGCGGGAGAGCAGCGACCUGGGAGGGUCAUCAUGGCUGGACGAGACACAGCGAGGCAGCCGACUAAUGUGAAGCGCAGUAUCCCGUAUACCUACGAGGCGCAUGGGAGGGAGAGAGAGAGAGAGAG